AUGUGCAAACCAAGCCUCCACUCCGCAUGCAGACUUGCACAAUUUCCCUCAGCAGCUGAGGUCAGGUUUUUUGAAUACAGAAACAGAGAGUUGUUGAAAGAGGAGGAGGAGUUGUUGAAGGAUAAGGGGGAGUUGUUGAAAGAGGUAGAGGAGUUGUUGAAGGAUAAGGGGGAGUUGUUGAAAGAGGAAGAGGAGUUGUUGAAGGAUGAGGGGGAGUUUUUGAAAGAGGAAGAGGAGUUGUUGAAGGAUGAGGGGGAGUUGUUGAAAGAGGAGGAGGAGUUGUUGAAGGAUGAGGGGGAGUUGUUGAAAGAGGAAGAGGAGUUGUUGAAGGAUAAGGGGGAGUAG